AUGAGUUUAUCUCGCAAAGUGGGCAACUAUCAAAAUCAAAAAUCGGCAAUCAUUGCCGAAUACCUCGAUUUACGGAAGGAGGUGGACAUUGUGGAUGAGCAAGAGUCAUUUGAACUACUUCUUUAUCUUGAUGAAAUAUUGUACGAGUAUCAUGUGGUCAAAGGAUACAUUGAAUCCUCCAAGCUACAACUCAAUGAGUUUGACUCCAUGAUCUUUGAUCAAAUACAAUCUCUCGCCAAGAAGUUACUGGAUAGUGUGCCCAUUCCCGAGCUCUCAGAAAAGAUUAAAAGGUUACCAAUUGUUAGAAGAGAGCUCCAGGAGAAUGCUCGAGAAGCUGGAAAGAUUCACACUCUAAUGUCAGCUGCAGGUUCUAAUCGAUUUUUGGAGCCAUCCAUAAUACCAGAAGAUUUCGAUUUAUCUACAAAGAAAACCAAGGGGGCUGGUUCCAAGUCGUCCAAAAACUUGGGAAUAUUCUUGAACGGACAAUGGUCGAAAGAACACGUGCGGUGUGUUGUGGAAGGGGCGUCCGAUCCCUCUUUCACAAGGCAGCCUGAAAAAACAAACCACGUCAAGAACUUAUUUGAGCAGAGGUUUGGAAUUAAUGUCAGUCUCAAAGCUGUGAGAUAUCUCAUGUUACACUAUGGUUUCCGGAAAACUGGUUAUGCUUUGAAAGAGUUUCAUUCUGCUUUUGACGAGGCAUUUCUAAGAUAUGAAUUUAGCAGUCCUCCAGCUAGUUAUCAUAAGGUUCAAGCCUACCUAUCCAGGAAGAUUCCAAACGUUUUGAUGAACGAUAUCGAAUAUGGCUUUCGGAUGAGAAGGUUAUUCAGGAAAAUCUACGGUAACCAUUUUGAGCCAGCAGAAAAUUACGAGGAAUUCAAGCAUAUGGUUCCUUAUUUAGUACCUGCGAGGGGAAAAUACAAGAAAAGCUUGAGACAAGGUCCAAAUGCGACUUUCCAAGAAACAUCUCCCAAGGAUCUGCCCGAUGACAGCAGGAUGGAGACGACAAUAUAA